ACUAAUUCAGGUUUUAAUACUAAUUCAGGUUUUAAUACUAAUUCAGGUUUUAAUACUAAUUCAGGUUUUAAUACUAAUUCAGGUUUUAAUACUAAUUCAGGUUUCAAUACUAAUUCAGGUUUUAAUACUAAUUCAGGUUUCAAUACUAAUUCAGGUUUCAAUACUAAUUCAGGUUUUAAUGCUAAUUCAGGUUUUAAUACUAAUUCAGGUUUUAAUACUAAUUCAGGUUUUAAUACUAAUUCAGGUUUUAAUACUAAUUCAGGUUUUAAAACUAAUUCAGGUUUUAAUACUAAUUCAGGUUUCAAUACUAAUUCAGGUUUUAAUACUAAUUCAGGUUUCAAUACUAAUUCAGGUUUUAAGACUAAUUCAGGUUUCAAUACUAAUUCAGGUUUUAAUACUAAUUCAGGUUUUAAUACUAAUUCAGGUUUUAAUACUAAUUCAGGAUUCAAUACUAAUUCAGGUUUUAAUACUAAUUCAGGUUUCAAUACUAAUUCAGGUUUUAAGACUAAUUCAGGUUUCAAUACUAAUUCAGGUUUCAAUACUAAUUCAGGUUUUAAGACUAAUUCAGGUUUCAAUACUAAUUCAGGUUUUAAUACUAAUUCAGGUUUCAAUACUAAUUCAGGUUUCAAUACUAAUUCAGGUUUUAAUACUAAUUCAGGUUUUAAUACUAAUUCAGGUUUUAAUACUAAUUCAGGUUUUAAGACUAAUUCUGUCUACAUUAAUGAUAAAUUGUUGGUAUUUCUGUUUCUCUCCAUUGAUAUUAAGAAAGUAGUUUUUAUGACUUAG